AUGAAUUUUGCAGCACCCAGCCCGCACGCGUUUACAGCUCUUGGCACGGGACAUUCCGCGCCCGCGACCCUGGGACUCCAUGGACAUGCACUUCCGCUUCCUCUGCCACCGAGGCACUCCUUCGCGAUUCAGGAACUCCUAGGUCUGAACAACCACAACAGCGCCGACAGAUGUCGACCUUCUGCGUCUACCCCGAGCGUCUCAACCGACUCAUUUCUGUCGGCGUCGGCAUUUUUGGCAUCGUCGCUUUCGCCGUCGCUGGCACUGACAUCCAUGGCGCCGGGAAUCAACUCCGCCGCGUUCCCGUAUUUCAGCUGGAAAUCAAACCUAAUGAGCGCGUUCGCCGGUUCUGGUCACGGCUUAUUUAGCUUUCCGCCUCCACCACCGGCUCCUCCGUCGUCGCCCGGAACUGAACUUUCAAAGGCAGACUUUAAAUCAUCGGGUUUAGACUCGAGUUUUGCCAGCGACAAGAGCUCGGACUCUACGGAGACAAACUCUAUGGGUGGAGGCAAAAAGAAGAAAAAGAAACGCCGACACAGGACGAUUUUCACGAGCCUGCAGUUGGAAGAGCUGGAGAAGGCGUUUAAGGACGCCCACUACCCGGAUGUGUACGCCCGAGAGAUGCUGGCGCUGAAAACCAACCUUCCAGAGGACCGAAUACAGGUUUGGUUUCAAAACCGUAGAGCAAAAUGGCGAAAAACUGAGAAGACUUGGGGUAGAUCUAGCAUAAUGGCCGAAUACGGGUUGUACGGAGCGAUGGUACGACAUUCACUUCCGCUUCCGGAAACUAUUUUGAAAAGUGCGAAAGAAGGCGUGAUGGAUUCAUGUGCACCGUGGCUUCUGAGUAUGCACAAGAAGUCCAUUGAAGCAGCGCAAACAUUUAGUGUAGACGAUAAGCCUGACAAACAUGUAAACAGUGAGAUUCCUCAUCCUCAUUUCCACCCGGAGGAGGUGCAAAAAGGACAUUUUGAGACGCCGCGUGGUCAGGCGGAGGGCAAUGAUAAACGCUCUGAGAGCAUCGCGUCCUUGAGGGCAAGGGCCAUAGAACAUAGUGUGCAACACUUGCUUGAGAGGCAUGAGAAGAACGGUAUUGACAAUGGUUGUGUUCCUGUGGAUAAAGACGAUUCCGGCUAUAAAAGCUUAUUCUCUGAUCCACGCAAUGAAUGUGCGAAGCAACUAUCACACCUAUAG